AUAUAUAAAUAGCUUGAAAAACCCAAUGGGAGAAACAGAAAAUGAACAAGAGGAAGCGGGAAGAAGAGGCGGGCAAUAGCAAUAGCAAUAGCAAUAGCAUGGAGAUCGUUUGGCAAACUCCAGCCAAUCCACCAGAGCCACAAGAUUACAUCUUACGCAACGGGAGGCGCCACGUCAGACCGUACUACUUCGAGUUCAUCUCUCACGUUAAGAAUCGUUGGGCAGGCAAAACCAUUGUCGAUUUGUUCGCCGAGGAAUUCAAAGGCCGACCAUAUGAUUACUAUGUUAGUGCUGUUAAAUGUGGAAGGAUACAAGUUGAUGGAGAGAUAGUGCCCGUUUCGUAUAUAGUUAAGCAGUCGCAAAAGAUUAGCCAUUUUUUACACAGGCAUGAACCGCCGGUGAUGGCUUAUGAUGUUUCUGUUCUUCAGAACGAACUGGAUGUGCUGACGGUUUGCAAGCCAGCGUCUGUUCCGGUUCACCCCUGUGGUCAAUAUCGUAAAAACACCAUUGUUGGCAUCCUUCAAGCAGAGUAUGGAUUGGCACCUCUAUUUCCAAUUCAUCGGCUAGAUCGUCUUGUCUCAGGACUCCUUAUUUUGGCCAGAAAUGCUUCAAAGGCUGACUUCUUUAGGCAACAGAUUGAAGCUGGGUUGGUGCAGAAACAAUAUAUUGCAAAGGUCAUCGGGGUAUUUCCAGAGGAUGAGAUAAUGGUUGAUGCUAACAUAGAUUAUAAUGCUCGAGAAGGAAGGAGCACGGCAGAGGUAGAAAAUGCUAAUGGCGCUGUGAAGGGGAAGGCUGCUUCUACUAAAUUUACCCGGAUUAGUACAGAUGGCACUCAUAGCAUUGUUUUGUGUGAACCAAUAACGGGCCGAACUCAUCAAAUCCGUGUUCAUUUGCAGUAUACAGGUCAUCCAAUUGCCAAUGACAUGCUUUACCUCUCAGAACAUGUAAUUGGUCGGUCUGCUGGAGGAAUGAGUGCUGAUAGAGCUGCUGCUAAUUCCAGCCAUUCACCAGAGUUCAUUUUUCAUGAUAAUUGUCCUGGUGAAGAGAACUCUAGAGAUGAUUUUAGCAUUGAUCCUAUGUGUACAAAUUGCCCAAAUCUGGCCCCAAAAGGAUAUGAUGGGCUUGAAGAGGGUUUGUGGCUACAUUGUUUUAGGUACUCUGGACCUGGAUGGACCUAUGAAUGCCCAUAUCCAGAUUGGGCAUCACUUCCUGAAUAACUAAUCAUUCUAUUUUUCUUUUUUAGUUUUAAUUAUUUUCCUGUUCCUAAAAUAUUGUGAAAAUUGUAAAAAUGAUUAAUUAUUUUAUUUGUACGAAAAGUACUUGACCACUUGGACCAGUCAGUUUAUAGGCUAUAGGUGCGUCCUGCUAAGUUGUAGAAUUGCAGGUUCAAAACGUGAAGACCAUACAUAUGUGCUUUUGUGAGUCAUAGAUUCCAACACUAACACUAACACUGCCUGAUUCUCUCUGCACAUUCCCUUAUGCUUUGCUAGACACCCCAGAAAUGGGUACGGACAAAGUAGAAAUGAAUUUACCUGGGCUUUAUAUUCUUUUGUUAUUUCUUUUUCAGUGUAAAAGAUCAUCAGAUUGUGCUAUAGUGAAUAGUAUUUUAUGGUGAUUGCUGACUAGAGGCUUCAACUGUAUUUGGUCAGCAUGUAUUCCAAAUUCAUUUGUACUGCUAAUUAAUCAGUGUGAGGGCUUCACAUGUUUUAUUUUAUUUUUUAAAUUUAUUUAUUGGAGAGGGCUUCGCAUGUUA